CUUUAUUUACGUGCUCGCCGCCCGCUGGGGUGAGCCGCAGCCAUGUCUCGCAGGGCCUUGAGAAGGCUGCGAGGGGAACAGAAGGGACAAGAGGAACCUGGUGGCCCCGAGGAGAUAGUGGAGGAGGAGGAACCACUACAGCCCGAGACGCGGAACCGGAAAAACAAGGGGAACCGCAAACUACUGGAAAACCGGGGCCUGAGCAACCCAUUCCAGCUGAUCACUGAACCAGAUGAAGACCCCCAGAGCGAUCCAGACACCGGUCAGACCGCCGCGUCCAGACUUACGGAUGAAGAGGAGUCCGGCGGGCAAGAGAAGCCUGAAAACGAGCCCAGUGAGGCGACUGCCGCUCAGACUGCUUCCAGUAAUAAAACCAAGAAGAAGAAAAAGAAAAGAAAAUCGAAGAAGCCUGCGGCCGUGGACGGUCAGCCGGAUGGCGCUGUAGAGGGCGGCGAUGAGCUCGGAGACAUUGACAGUAUUCUGGAGAGGAUAGAAAACACCAAUGGAGUUGUGCCCCAGUUCCAGAACAACGGCGGCAACGCGAGCGCCCGGCCUCUGCUGUACGUGGAGCACAGGAACCUGAACCCGGAGACCGAGCUGAAGAAAAUCUUUGGAUCUCGAGCAGUCAUGGGAGAUCAGAGACCACGACAGCGACAACGGCUGCAUCACCGAAGCACGUGGCUGACGUCCCCGAAAAACACAUGGCCGAGAUUCAGCAAGACGGGUAUCUCGAUGAGUCUCCUGGAGACCAAGCGAGGGGUCCAGUAUUUCACCUUCGAGCACCAUAGAGAUUACCAGCAGGUUCAGUUCAAGUUCCUGGACGCUGUAGAGUCGAUGGAUCCGAACAACAUUGUGCUGCUCCUCCAGAUGAACCCGUAUCACGUAGACUCCUUGCUGCAGCUCAGUGACGUCUGCCGUCUUCAGGAGGACCAAGAAAUGGCCAGAGAUCUAAUUGAGAGGGCCCUCUACAGUCUGGAGUGCGCAUUCCAUCCGGUUUUUAGUCUCACCAGCGGGACCUGCAGACUUGAUUACUGCCGGGCAGAGAACAGAGGGUUUUUCUUGGCUUUGUUCAAGCACAUGGUGUCCUUGGAGAAGAGAGGCUGCCUGAGGACUGCACUAGAGUUCUGUAAACUACUCCUCAGUUUUGAUCCAGAGAACGACCCUCUUUGUAUGCAGCUGCUGAUUGACUACCUGGCUCUGCGUGCACGGGAUUACCUGUUUCUUAUCCGGAUGUUCGAGGAGUGGGAGGCUCAUCGAAAUUUAUCAUUACUCCCCAAUUUUGCGUUUUCUGUGCCGUUGGCUCUAUUACAGUACAGUCAGCAGGAAGAGGUGCCGGAGCCAGAGCGGGUGACGACCUAUGACAGGGCUUCACAGCUCAUUCAGCAGGCUCUUAUAAUGUUCCCCGGAGUUCUCAUUCCCCUCCUCGAUGCCUGUGGCGUUCAGCCUGACUCUGCUGUAGCUUCUCAUCCGUUUUUCGGAGCCGUCUCCCAAAUCAGCCAACCCAUUGCCCUGUCCCAGUUGAUCUCUCUGUAUAUUGGAAGAUGUCACAACCUCUGGAAGGAUCCUUCAGUCAUGUCCUGGCUGGAGCAGAAUGUACAAGAAGUUUUGCGCGGGGUGGACAGUAACGAUCCUGCAGUGAAGGACUGUGAGCUCAGGAGAAAGACUGUGUAUCAGAGCGCCCCCAGGAACAUCCAUCGUCACAUCAUCCUAUCGGAGGUCAAGGGAGCGAGCGCUGCGCUGCCUCUGGAUGUGACGUCGCAGCCGGUGCUCGGCUUUGACCCGUUGCCUCCCCUGGACUCUGUGGUGUCGUACACAAGGCCCGAGAGAACGCACCGGCCGUCGAAUGGAGGGACCUUAUCUCUGUUCUUUAGAUCGCUUUUACCAAAUUUUAACUUGCAGGGCGAUGAGGCCGCCGCCGAGGGUGAAGACGCCGGGGCUGCGCGGGACUUGAAUCGAGGUGUGAAUAGACUCAUGGCAGCAAUGAGAGACAUGCUGGCCAACAUCCAGUUCCAAGAACCUCCGCGGGAGGACAAUCCUGACAUGGAUGCAGACGGAGAGUGGGACUGAUGCCUUCCCCGGUCCUCACCAUACAUUUUUUUACAGUCUGUACAGUGCAAUAAAUAGAGAUGUGCUAUCCAG